CUUGUCUUUCCUUCCCGCAUGAACCGCAGUUGAUGUCGAGCAGCCUGUUUGUGUGGAGAUGAAGCAUCAGCAUCUUAAGCUGUGGCAGCGGACGGCUCUGCUUUUUUGCGGCCUUCUGCUGCUGCUCGCCACAGCAUGUGUCACGGAGGCCGCACAGGCGAGAGGCGCCGACAGCAACACGAGCAACGUGACGGCAGGGCCAGAGGAGGGAGAUCGGCAGCACGCCGGCGACACAGAUCUUGAUCAGCAGCAGCAGUUGCGGCAAGUGCCCGUGAGCUCCUCCGACCACCCGGCCUCUGUGGAGUCGGUGGAGCCGUCAUGGGUCGACAUGCUGACCUAUCUGCUGGAGGAGAAGGGCGGCCGCGACGUCCCGAUAGAGGAGACCUUCGACCAGCUGCUGCAGGCCGCGAGACAACUGCUGAGCCGCAUCCAGGGGUCACUCGAGACCAUCCGGGAGCAGCAGGAGGUGUUUUUCGACUGCCUCAAGGACCUUCUCAACGGGCUGGAGACCACACGGCUUCCCGCUAUACUGAAGGAGCUCCUCACCACGCUCAGAGAACAGGCCGCCGGCCCAGUGCUCAACGAGCUCGCGCGGGGCCUCAAGAAUGAGACGGUGCUUUCGGCCAUCGGCAGGGCGGCGUCGGAGAUCUCGCGCAACAUCGAGAGCACCUCUGACCUGUCGUCAAUGGAGGCCCUGGGCAAGAUCACACGCGACGACAAAGUGGUGGCCGCUCUGAAACACCUCAACGCCGUCAUCGAGGGCAGCAAGAUCGACGUGCAGCUGCUCAAGCUGUUCGAGAUCCUCCAGAGCCCCGAGAUCUCCGCCUGCCUCAGCCGGCUGUCGGCCGCGCUGAGGUCGCCGGAGGUGCUGGUGCCGCUGCAGCGGCUGUGGGAGUUCCUCUUGGAGGGCACCUCGACCGAGACGGUGCAGUACAUCUUUCAGAGCCUGCGGGAGACGGGGCUGCUGGUCAAGCUGGCGCGGCUGGUGGGGGCCGUCUGGGUGGUGCUCGACGGCCUCGUCAAGCAGUUCUCGGGCGCGGUGGCGUCCCCGGCUGUGGUCAACGUGCCGCCAUCGCACUAUCCCUCUCCCCCCUCUCAGGCACCACCACCACCAGCGCCAUCACCGUCACCGUCACCCAUACAGACGACCAGCAGCACAACCACCACCACCAGCACCACCACCACCGCCACGACCCUUCCCCCCGAGAGCUUCGAGGCCGAUGAGGAGAUGCCGAUCGAUGACACUAGUGACGAGAGUGACGACUCCAGCGGCGGGGCUGAGUCGAGCCUCGACGCGUCCUCCGGAUUCAUCACCAUGCCGGCAAGGCUGAGGCGGGCCUCAGCGGGGCCGCACCGUGAGCAUCAUGAUGCGUACGCACAUGCACAGCCACGGAGGUCGCCACAAGCGCUGAGGAGGACCAGGGCGGUCCACCACCCUCUUGCCAUGAGUGCGGGGAGCGGCCCCGACCAGCGUCGAGGGACCGGCGGCACGUCAUAUCUCGAGGCCGACAAGGAGGAGGCCGAGGCGAGUGCUGGAGGUGGUCACGAGGAGGGCAAGGCGGCCCAGCUGACCAUCGAGGAGGGGCGGGGCGGGGGCGCCGUCAAAGUCAACAACGACAACCCCGAGUACCAGAGGAUGGAAGAGGAGAGGCAGCGACUGCUCAUGGAGGUCAGGAGUGCGGUUCGCUGCGGUGGGUGCGCAUGACACGAAUGACUCUAUGUGUGUGUGUGUGGUGCAGGCUCAGCGUCUUCGUCUCGAGGCCGACACCGACGCCAAGAAGCUCGAGGAGGAGGAGAAGCGGGUCGAGGAGGAGCGCGGGCGGCGUGUGGAGGGCGUGAUCCAGCGGCUGCGGACCGCCACCGCCCUCGAGUUCCCUGCCAUCAUCAAAAGCUCACUCGCUGCUGGGGUGAGUGCCUCAAGGACAGACAGAGACAGAGAGCCAGACACGGGCAAACACGACACAAGAGUGAAUGAGCCCCUUCGUGUGUCUGUCCAGACGUUGACAGAGGAGGUCUUCCAGUCGCUCGUCGACAAAGCCGACAACGCCAAGACGCCCGAGGUACACACGCACACACACACACACACACACGAGCGCAUCUUAUCCAUCCAUCCAUCCAUCCAUGUGUUCAUUUGUUCAUCAGGAGAAGGAGGAGCUGACCUUUUUGUCCGAGACGGCACUGCGUCUGGUGGAGGAGAACGACCCCAAGCUGGCGCAGAAGAUCCAGCGGUCGCUGCUCAAGGUGCGGCUGGGGGUGGACCCCGACCUCAAGGAGGAGCUCGACAAACUCAACGAGCCCCUUUCCACCAGUGGCUCGCCCACUAGCCUCAAAAAGGGAGUUGACGAGCUCAGGGUGAGUGUGGUGGAUGUGUGGGGGUGGGUGGGCCAUGGGCGAGUGUGUGUGUUUGGGUGGGUGGGUGUGUGUCGAUGACAGGAGAUGUUGGAGGGCGCGAUGAACAUAACGCUGCUCAACGACACUAACGGGGCGGUCGUCAAGAUCAACACGAGCAUCCCCUUUGUGACAGUGCCUGAGGCCUUCCUGCCCACGUGGUGAGUGAGAGAGGGUCGGUCGGUGGGAAGGAAGGAUGCAUUGCAAGGAUUCCUCCCGUGUCAGUCAUUCAUGUGUGUGGUUCGUCUCUCUCUCUCUCUCUCUGUGUGUGUGUGUGUGUGUGAAUGGCUGGCUGGCAGGUUCCCCAUCAGUCUGUCCCGUGACCUCAACACCGAGGUGUCCCGCGACCUCAGCGGAUACGACAAUGUCCAGCCACUCACCAAGAAGGUAUGCACCCCUGACCCCUCCCACAACCACCCACACCCACACCCACGUGUGUGUGUGUGUGUGUGUCGGCGGCAACACACAAAUCCUCAGGAUUUGAAGAUCUUGAAGGAGGAGGUGCUGCUCUUCGACGAGUGGUUCAGUAGCAGCACCGACACCUCCCGCUACGCCGUGCUCUUCAGGGGGUCCUUCAAGGGCGAGCCGAGCCAGAUCCAGCAGACCUUCGACCGAAUGCUCUCGCGCGUCGAGGCGCACCCCGAGCUCAAGGACAAGGUCACCCUCUUUCUGCUGCCACAGAGGGCGCUGCCCUUUGAAAUGAUGGAGGUGCGUCACACACACACCCACACACACACCCACACACACAGAGAGAGAGAGAGAGAUUUCGUGUGUCAUUCGUGUGUGUGUUGUGUGUGUGGUGUGUGUGAUGGGCGGUUCGGGUGUGUCAGCAGCUGGAAGACGCGACAAUGGACAUGAUCUUGCGCGGCGAGAACAAGCUCAACGAGCCCUGCAUGAUUGCCGUCAGCAAGAACCUCCUCUCCCUCGACAAGGGCCAGACCAAGGGCGCGCAGAACAGGGCACUCGUCUUCCAAGCCAUACUGCUCGCAGGUAUGUCAUGUCAUGAGCACAUCAACACAACACGACACGCCGGCCAAGAUCCAUCCAUCCAGACCCACACACUUCCUCCCUCUCUCUCUCUCUGUGUGGGUGGGUGGGUGGGUGGGUGUGCGGCAUAUGUGUCGAUCAGCGUCGCUGUUCAGUCUGACCUCAUUCUCUGUGGCCACCUUUGGCCUCAACGCCGACUUUUGGUCUAGGACACUCGCAGGCACGACAGACACACAACUCACGCACAACACACACGACACAACACACACAUAUACCUUCUCGCCGUGGGCGGUGCUUGAUUUAACUAACGGCCGGCUGUUUGUCUGUCUGUCUGUCUGCCUGCCUGCAGGUGACUACGGCGCCCUGACCGACUGCUUCCCCGAGGUGGGCUUCACCUUCCUGACGCUGCUGGCCCACGAGGUGGGCCACUGGCUCGCCGCCAAGAAGUCUAACACCAAGAUCAGCCUCCCAUUCUUCAUCCCAUCCUUACAAACCGGCGCAUUCGGAGCGGUCAGUCACACGCACGCACACACACACACACACACAGAGAGAGAGAGAGAGAGAGGGAGAGAGGAAGAGGAGAGGGCACACACCCCAUAGGCACACUGAGACGCCUUGUGUGUUGUGUGUUGUGCGCUGUGUGCUGUGUGCUGUGUGUUGUGUGUGUGUGUGUGUGUGUGUAGGUGACUCGUCUGCGUGACUACCCCCGCUCGAAGAAAGACCUGUUCGAUCUUGCGAUCGCGGGGCCGGCCCUGGGGCUCGCCACCUCGCUCAUUUUCUUUGUUGUCGGACUCGCACUCACAAGUAAGCGGCCAGCCUGUCUGCCUGGGGCACAGUCGUGUGCCUGUGAGUGGCAUCCACCCAUCCUCGUGUAUGUGUGUGUGUGUGUGUGUGCAGGUCAGGGGACCAACGAGGCGAUAGCGAGCUGGCCCGUGCUGCCCGCCGCCCUCUUCCACAACUCCUUCCUCCUCGGUCUCAUUACCGACUUCCUCGACAAGGGGCUUCUCGCAGAGGUAAAGUGGACACAUACACAUUCCCUCUCCCAAUGUGUGUGUGUGUGUCAUCUCUCUCUCUCUCUCCCUCUGUGUGUGUGUGUGUGUCAGAAAAUCACAACGCCGAUGCCCGUGCACCCACUGGUGGUGUCAGGCUUCCUCGGGUCGAUCAUCAACGCGCUGAACUUCAUGCCCAUCGGUCGGCUGGACGGCGGCAGGGCAGCCACGUCAGCACUGGCUGCGGGGGCGCCGCUGCUGUCCAUCGUCACGCAAUUGGCACAGGUAUGUGACUUGGGAGGAGGGUGGGGGGCUGUGGUGGGGUGGGUGGGGGGCGGGGAUGAGUUAUCCGCCGAACGCAAUGCUUUGUCUGAGCUGAGAGCCUGAAGAUAGCGAUAUUAUCAUAGUUACUCUGAGCCAUCCAUCCAUUUCUCCACACCACACACACUCACACACAGACAGUAUGUCGACUCACUCACUGGGUGUGAUGUGUGUGUGUGUGUGUGCCAUGUGUGUCUGCUCUGCAGGCAGCGUCGGGUUUAUUCAGCGGCAACGAGCUGCAGCUGUUUUGGGGCAUCCUGGUGGUAAUAUUCCAGAACUCACCAGAGGUGCCGGCCAAGAAUGACUUCUCACAAGUAGACAGCGCCAGGUGGGUCACUCAAAGCCCCCAAGCCCCCCCUCAGUCCACACACCCACCGUCCCUCUCCCCCUGUGUGUGUCGUGCUGUGUGUCCAUCCAUCCUUCCAUCCAUCCAUCUACUUAUGCAGGCGGACUCUGUUCUUUGUGGCUCUGUUUAUCACGUUGCUGGUCCUGGUGCCCUACCCCGACCAGAUCCUCGGCGGGGCGGCCACCGGCGGCAUGCAGUCGAUGCCUCCAAUGGGGCUCCCGGGGCUCGACAAAAUCGGGGCAUGAUUGGGGCGGUGCAAUGACGGAUGGCUGGGGUGUGUGGGUGGGUGAGUGAUGGGUGACAGCCAGCAACGUUUUGAAGUUUUCCGUCCUUUCCCGACCACCGGGCAGACAGCAGCAGACGGGCAGACAAGACAUAGAGAGAGGGGCUCUAUAGAUGGAGGGAGGUGCGACUGACUGACUGAGUUUAAUUGAGGUCUAGCUGUCUGAGCGAGUGUGUGUGUGUGUGCAUGUAGAUUACACCAAACAUGCAAUGCAGCAGAGAGGCAUCAGUGCAGGUAGAGUGAGUGGGUGGGUGUCAGUGGAUUUUUAUCGUGUGUGGUGGCGGUGGCGGUGGUGGGUGGGUGGGUGGGUGGGUGGUGCGGAUGCAUGCCUUCUGUCUGUCUUAAUGUCUUCCACACGCCGAGGGGUGGGUGUCAGUCAGACCAACCGAGAGGAGAGAGCCAGUGCAGUCGAGUCGAUGGAUUCCCCUCCGUCCGCGAAACGAAGUCAGUCAGUGAGCCAGCGGGCGAGCGAUUUAGUUUUGAUAAUCUAAUCGCAGCCACGCCCUACCAGAUGCGUAGCCAGCCCAGCCCGGCCCGGCCGAUGGGUGUCUGUCUUGUCUGUCAUCGCCUUUGUUCAAUGAGGGCCUGGCUGGCUGGGCGGGCGGAGUGGUGGCUGGCUGCUGAGGCUGGUGAAGGGUGGAUGGAUGUACAGCGGGGCAAAAGAUCAUUGAUAGAUGUGUGUGGGGCAGACAGGCAGACAGACAGACCGACCGACGGACGUAUGAAGCAUAUUUUUCUGUAGAACGAACAAACAAUGUGUGUGGCUCUGAUGCCUGUUUGCCUGGCUAUACAUAUCUAUACAGUGUAUAUGGCACUACUAUAUGCCGAUAUCUAUCAAGACGCGAGGCAG